AUGAGUUCAGAUGCGAAUAGUGCUACUGGAGGUAGCACAAACAGCAAUAACAAUAAUAACAAUGUAGAUAUCUUUGAAACUAGAUGUCAAAGUCAAUUCUUGCAAUCAAAGAUUGGUACAACCUAUGAAUCGAUAAGAAACUCUUUUAGAGAGGCUGUAGAAAAGAGAAACUCAUCAAAGAUACAAACAUGUCUACAAAACUUAACAUAUUACAAGAUUGAAAAGGAUCUAUUAGAUUCAUUACUAUCAGUUGUAUCAAUUACUGAUGAUAAGAAAGUACUUAGAUUAGCAUAUUAUUUCCUUGUUGAGUUGUCACAAUACAAGAAUCAGAUUAACAGUUCGGCUGAUAUUAAAAAUAUUACAACCAUCUUUUCAAAAGAAAUGACUAAUAAGGAUAUAUCAAGAAAAGUAGUAUCAUUAAAAACUACUGCUAUUCUUGCUCCAAAUGAUCCAUUGGUUGAUGCAAACAUGUUGGAAGUGAUUAGUGGAAUAUUAAGAAAAGCAGGUGAAGAUCCUGACAAGACUCAAAAGAAGAAAGGUUUCUUUUCAAAACCAUCAGACUUGGGAAGAGAACGUGCAUUGUUACAAUAUGCAUGUUUUGUAGCAUGUAGAAAUAGAUUUAAAAACAAUCCAUCAUUGUUUAUUCCAAUUGUUGAAGGUAUUAAAUGUGCCGACCCAGUUGGUGCAAGACAUGCAGUAGCAUUAACUUAUGAUUAUGCACAUGAGAAUCUAUCAACUGUAACAGAUACAACAAAAAGAUUUUUACCAUUAUUAAAAGCCAACAAAGGAAAGGAAGCUGUUAGUUUAACAGAUCCAUUUGCAAGAAGAAGUUUUAUUUCAUUGUGUGGAUACAUUGCAUUGACAGGUACCAAUCAAGCACAAACCAAAGAUUUCUUUCAAAAUAUUUGUCAGAGUGUCAUGGACAAUCAUUUGUCUGUAUCCAUGUGGGCCAUUACAACACUUUGUAAAUUCACUUGGAAAACAUUGGAAUCUUCUAUUAUCGAAUCAAUUAUUAUUGACAAUGAUACUCCAAAUCAUUAUGAUACAUUACCAAAUCAAACAGCAUUGAUUGCAGGAAUUUGUAACAAAUUAAAAUUAGGAUUUAAUAUUCAUGGAGAUCGAUCAACUCAACAAUCAUUCCCAUAUAUCAACAUGUCUUGUAAAUUAAUAUCGGCAUUGUCUCGAUCCUAUGUCAAACAUAGUUACCCAACCACCACUACUAGUGGAGACGGAGGUAACGCACCAGCUGUUGGAAAUUGGCAAGAACAGGAAAAGAGUGUAACGGGUAGUAUCAACCAUCCAUUCUCUGUCCUCACCUCGUUUGUCAUGUCGCAACUUCCUUCACCAUCGAUAUCGAUUAGAAUCCAAGCAUUACGUGCACUUAUUUGGUUGUGUCCAUCGACACUCUGUCCAGCAUCACGUGUCUUCCAAGACACGUUCCGUGCCCAGUUGCGUGACUCUACACAUCCCCCACAUCUCCUCAAGGAGCUUUAUGUCGAGUUGUAUCGUCGUGUGAUUGCCACUCCAGUCCUCUCGCCAAUGGUCUUGUCAUUGAUCUAUGACUGGAUCGACAUUGUCCCACACAAGGUUGACACGAGCCUCGUCGCAAUGAUUUGGAAGACCAUCAUCCACUUUGGUCGCGAGGGUAGAGAAAGAGUUUUACAAUCCAUCUUUAAUAUCCUCGAUCGCUCCAUUCACCCAGAUUUUAGAGUUGUCUCCAUGGAGAUUCAAAAGGAUAUUGUCCAAUUCUUGGGCGACCACGCCAACACCAUCACCUAUGAGACCGUCGCCUCCACAACCCCCAGUAAACCACUCAAUGCCAUCAUUCUACGUCUCGAACAAUACGCAACCUUCCAACCAUGGCAAAUUAGAAUGACCAGCAUCGAUUCUCUUGCUAAAAUUGCCUUUCUCUCUUCAACCAGAGUUAAAAUUCAUAUUUAUAAUUUCCUAACAACAGUUCCAAAUGAUUCACAUGGAUGGACAUCAGUUAAAUCAAACAAUUCAAUUAUCAUUAGUAUUUUGGAUCAAUUAUUAACACUUAGAGGAAAAUGGUUACCUCUUCUCACGCAACUCUCUGGUACGCAAAAGACAGAGUUGGUUCAAGACCACAAAAAGCUUACAACUCAAGUUGGAAUGUUUAUCGAUAAUGCGUCAUUGAUUGAUUAUUUACCAUUGGGAAUUGAAACAAAAGCUUUGGUUAAAUAG